AGCCUCAGCCUGGAUGGUCGAGGCUUCGCUUCAGUACGGCGCAUCAGCGAACUUCUGCCGCACACACUGCACUCAGCAGACUAGGAUGUAACCGUUUCCAUGCUUUUUUAAUAUUAUUAUUAUUUUUAUUUUUUAAAGAAUCUGCCUGUGCUUUCUUUCACGCAUUUUUUACACUAUGUUUUUUAACAAUUUAUUGUUAUGCAAGGAAUAACUUACCAAAACUAUGAGCGGGCCGCACUGCUUUUCCGGCCGUCAGAGCAAAAGCCGUGCUGAAUGCGAGAGCUAGACGCAGCUCCUAACGGGAUUAUAGCAGCAGCUCGGCCUUCUGCCUGCCCCCCUUUGGAUUUGGGAUUUAUCCGGCGCUGCUGUGGGAUGGAGGGCCGGGAUUUCGCUCCUCCGCCGCAUGUGCUGGCUGAGCGCAGUCCGCUGCUGCACCGCGCCGCCGCACACAGCACCCCGCAGCACCCCGGCCACUUCCAGCCUGGAAAAUACUACCCCCCUCACCUCCCUGUGCCUCCACACUCAGGCACUGGACUGAUGGGAAACUCCUCAGCCUCCUUCAUGGGUACUUUCCUGGCCAGCAGUCUGGGUUCACCCCCUUCUCACCCCUCUGGACCCCCCUCCUCCCCCUCUUCCCCACCAUACCGCAACGGGCCGCACUCUAGCGCCCCCUCACAGCUCUGGUUCCCACACCCACAUGAAGCCCCAGGGUAUUCCCGCUUUUCUGGGAGUCUGGCCCCCACCUUUCUACCCAUGAGUCCCCUAGAUCACCAUGGAAACAGCAGUGUUCUCUAUGGACAGCAUCGCUUCUAUGACACUUCGAAAGAUUUCUAUAUCAGAAGCCUAUCAUCGCAACCCCACCUCCUGUCCACCAAUCACAGCCUUCCACCACUGACUCGGACCACCUCCAGCCACCCCCUGGGCUCGUGUAGCCGGGAGCGAGAACCUGGAACAGGAGGGUCCACCCAGAAAAGCUCCAAAGAGCCAGAUGUAGCAGAGCGAGGCAUGUCAGCUGGAGGAAAAGAGAAAGAACGAAGUAAACAGGAAGUGAAGGAGCGUCAGCAACAUGGCUCACCUUCACCAGUACCACACCAACAUCAACACCAGCACCUCCACACUCACCAUCAUCCGCAGCUUCACUCCUUAGCAUCAGAGGACAACCCCCGACACAAAGAUGACCCCAAGCACCUCAGUGCCUGUCUCUUGACCACAAAGACCCAUAAUGGCUCUGAGCCAGGGACAGUAGCCAGAGGCUCCCUGCCCAGCUGUGUGGGGCCAGGGGCCUCGAUCUUAGGGACUGGUCGACAACGGAGUGGGGGUAACUUCUGUUGCAAAGAGGGAGUGAGUGGCGAAAUGCGCGUUUGUGAGCCUUCAUCAGACUGCCUGCGCCACAGUACCAUGCUAGGUCAUACCCAUCCAAUGCCCUACUCUAUGCCCCCUCCUCUUGGCUUAGGCUCAGCAGUUGGAGGAUCAUGGCUGCACCCUACUCACCCCCACCACCACCAUCCACAUCACCCUCAUCCUGACCUAUAUUGUCCCCCACCCCCUGCCCCACUCACCAUGUCCUCUAGUCAGGAGAAGGGCCUAGCCCCAGGUGCAGGAAGGGACCCAAAAGUGACAGGACCUACCUUUGUACCCUCUGUGGGGCCUUUGGGGGACAAAACUAGUGGGCCCUUCCAACUGGGUAACCCCCACUGUCGAGGUGCAAGGGGAGGAAUGGUUGGAGACGGGGAAGGAGUGUCCAGGGCUAAAGGUCCAGAAAAGACAAGUAAUGGCAGUAGAAUAGCUCCUCCUCCUGCACCUCCCCUCCCACCACCUAGUACCUGCCAAAGAAAACCUUCACAUCAACAGCAGCAUGCAUAUGGAAAAGCAGACAAGGGCCCAGACUGGUCCAUAGGCCCCCAUCCUACUUAUAUACUGCAGCAGUCACAGCACAGUCAUAAUCACCAGCCACAUUCAAAUCCACCAACUCGUUCUUGCAGUCUGGGGGCCACCGAUAAUUCUUCUGAGACUGAUACUUAUCGGCCCUCUUUACCUCAGGGGGCCAAGGAAGGCUGCCAGACUAAAAGCAACCCUUAUGCCAGCACUCCACCUUUCCGGGACUUUUCUCACUCAGGUCCUCCUCACAGGGUUCUGCCUGAAAGCAAGGCCAGUGGUGAGAGUGGGUGUGCACUCCAGCGGGACAGCCAGAGGAUUGCUAGGAUACAUCAUCAGCAGCAUAGCAACAGGCUCGGAACCAAUGAACAGGACCUAGAACUUGGUUCGAGCAGUGGUUCUCAAGACAAGAGGAAGUCAGAGGCAGAGAUGGUGGCAUACAGUGGACAUCAGGCAGGGACUUUGUCAUCGUGGGAGGUACAUCAGGUUCAUCCUGACAAUGAGCGACGCAAGGUUUGCGAUUCUAGUGCCCAGGGCAUAUCAGGUGAUCAUGGGCAUCCUCCCUUCCCUGCCUACCAGGAGCCUUCUCUUGGUCCUCAGGGGCCAGAGAACAGUGCCAUGAAGAACUUGAUGAAGUACAGCAGCCAACAACCACUCCUGCUGUCCCAGAAGAGCCCAUUUGGUGGCCUGGGCACCUUGAAACAGGGGACGGCAAAUGGAGACAUGAGAAAUGAGAGGAAUGGAGGGAGUACAAGCUGUGCCCAACAGGAGGGCAAGCAAACGUUGCCUUCAAGGAGAGCCUCCUCAUCCUCUGGGGAGAGUGAGCGCUCAGAGCGGGUGGGCCGGGAUUCAGGGGAAGUGCAGAGGGAGGGGGAGGUGCGGCAGCCCCCCGUGGGCAUCGCUAUGGCAGUCGCAAGGCAGAGAGAGCCACUGUGCCGCCCACCAGACGGACAUGCCAUCCACAGCCGCCACGGCAGAGUGCUGCCCAGCAUGAAGGAGGUUGGACGCAGCAUGUAUCCACUGGAGCAGGAGGUGGAGGAGGAAAGGAAGAGGGUGCGUGAAGAGCAGCUGGCUCUGCCUCCACUGGACAGAGAAAGAGAAAUCCUCCUCAGGGAAAAUAAGGACAGAGUUGAGUUUGCCAGGAUCCACCCCUCAAGCAGUUGCCAUGGAGAUCUGACCUCUCACCUCAUCGUGCCAGGUGGCAGCCAAUUAGGAACGGAUCCUCCUGCGCAUGCUCACCCAGCUCAUCAUUGGAUGCCUCGGACAGGAAGUCCCUCCCUCUGGAUGGGCCACUCAUACAGUCUAAGUCAUGCUGCUCUGCACCAGAACCUUCCUCCUGGCUUUUCUGCUGCCUUGCCCAGCCCCCUGCAGCCUGUCCUUUCUCUGCCCCAGGACCCCUCUGCUGCCCUGGUGGUCCUGCCCACUGAACCAGCUGCCCACCCUGCCACUCAUCACCUAGAUGUGAUGGAGCAGCAGGGACUCUGGCCCCCUGUGUAUGGGCCUCGAGGGCCCACCUCACACAUGCAGCAUCCCUCUGUCUACUCCCGCCAGUUUCUACGGCAACAGGAGCUCUACGUGCUCCAGCAGCAUCAGCACCAGCAACAUCACAGAGCAGCUCAGGCAAUGGAGCUGGCACAUAGGCACACACAUUCUCAGAGGAAACCUGAGGACCCUCCCAUUGAUCUGGAUGAAGGUUUGCCUGAGCCUCGGACCCCUAAACCAACUAAGCCCUUCUCCUUCAGCUCCUCUAGUAAACCUCUACGCUCUUCCUCUUCUCCAGGGGGCUGUGCCUCCCGCCUCUCGCCCUGCUGCCAUUCGCCCGCCCCACGGCCCCAUCCCAAGAGCACCCCAUGCACCCCCUGUCCGGAGCCUAGUCCAGCUGUAGCAGCCCCACAUUCCCCUGCCCUCAGCCCCCACUCCACCCCAAAUCACCUCCCCAAAGCAGCAGAGUCCCAGGACAAGAGAGGAGAGGGCCAACCACUGCAGGACUACCCUCAGUCUCUUGAACCUGAUCUCCCACCUGGCUAUACUUAUCCUGCCAUCGCCAUUGGUUACAAGGCUGGUCCCUCUCCUCAAGAGGUCCAGUUGGCUGAGCAUGCUGACCUGGAAGCAGAGCAAGCAGAGCCUGCUGAACCUGCACCUCAACCCCUCCCGCUCUCCACGAUGGGGGCGGAGCCUGUGUGCCAGGCACUAGAAUCUCCUACUAUAACCACCCAGGUGGAGGUUCAUGGGGAGAGGGUCCAAAGUGGGGUAAUGGUGACGAAGGUAGAGGAUAAGGUGGAUGAGAGGCAUAAGGGGGUUACCUGUGCUUCUGUCUCUCCUUGUCCAGCCUCAUGCCAACAUCCAUCUGGCUCCCCCUGUCCAGUUCCUGAACCCUUGGUGGAGGACACAGCUAAUGUACCUUCCCAUGACAGUGUUAUAGAGGCCCAAGGUCCUGCUGAGGAUGUCAAAAUACAGGGGGAAGGGUUUGCAAUACCUCCUUGGGAUUCUAUCACCACUUCACAGGAUUUCCAGACUAUGGAGGGUACCAAGGUAGCAAAGAUCCCAAUGGAGGAUGACCAAGAUAGGACUGCUGAGGAAGGUUGUGCUUCACCUGCUGAUUCAGUAGAGCUCCAGGAAGUCAGCCAGUUUUCAUCACCUUCUUCUCCCUGCCCAGAGAUUUCUUCUUUGGGUAACCAGUAUCCAGGCUCAUGCAUCUGGAGUCUGGAGCUUUUGAUCGCUGCAGCCCUGUGUGCCACACGAGAUGCUCAAAUGGCUUCUUCUGUGACGAUUCCUUCCCCAGUAGUGCCCCUCCAUCAUGGCAUGGAGCUUCUGAGUGAACUCGCUGACCUGGAGAGGCGACAGCAAGAGAAGAGCACCGACAAGGAAAGUGAAGGAGAAGAAAGGCUUACGUUUGACCUGGAGAGUUUGGCGACCCUGGCAGCUGCACGAGCGCUGGAGCUGACUCCACCCAUCACCAACCUAGCCCCGCCCCUGCGCCGAACGCUCAACCUGCGCAAGAAGUGCAAAUGGACACCACGCCACGAACCGGUAUGUCCAGUGAAGAGCAUCAUGGAGACACUGGACAGAGAGGAGUUAGCGAUGAGAGUGCGUCUGGCCGAGCUGCAGCGGCGCUAUAAGGAGAAACAGAAAGAGCUGGCCAAGCUACAGAGAAAACAUGACCACCAAAAAGAGGAUACGUCGAGAAGCCCAGCCCGUCGAGGCCCGGGUAGGCCACGGAAACGCAAGCCCACCCCAGGACCCCCUGCCCCUACAGAUACCCUCAAGAGAGUCAAGUCGGCGGGAGCAGGGCCCGGCCUGCUGGCUGCGGAUGAGGACAUGGCUGGAGGUGGGGACAAACACAGGAAGAGGAAAAAGAUGGCCAAUAGCACUUACCACCACAUCAACGGCACACAGGCUCCCUGCAGACAGAGAGGCAGGCCAAGACUGCUGAGCUCCAAGCAGAAAGCCAAAGCUAAGCGUGGUUCCAGAGUGGAGAGCAUGCUGUGUCACAGAGAGAAGGCUUCUUGUGGCCCUUCUGCAGAGAAUACCCAUAACAACAAGACUGGAGGCCAGAGUGACACAGGGAGUACUGAGACAGGAGUCAGUCAGAAUUUAGAGAGUCAGCGGAUAAUGAUGCGAAGAGGACAGAAGGCAAAGGUCACCCUGGGUCUGGCGUCAUCUCACCUGCAGCCUCAAGCGCAGCAAAUGCUGCCCAACGCGGCCUUGUCCAGCAGCAUGCAGGAGACGACAGCGAAGGACAUCUCUCCUUUGGACAGCGAGGUGUCCGAGCCAGAGGAGGAAGAUGAUGGCGUCUAUGACAGCGAAGAAGUGCCAGAGGACAUCAAGAAUCUAUCUUCUAAAGAGCAGCUGUCCGGAGCUGGCGGUCCCUCCUCAUUCUCCACAGUCGAGCCGGAAGCUGGUCAGAAAGUCAAGAGCAAGAAGGAGAGACAAGGCCUUGGGUCUGCGAAUAUGAGACAUGCCAAGAGGGAGGUGAAGAACAGAAGGAAGGCCCCCUGUAGGCCAGCACUAGUCAGUGCAGAGAGGAAUAAUUUACAGGUGAAGAAGAGACCAAGCGGGCUCAGGUGGAGAGAAGGUUCACAAGAGAGCAGCAUUUAUCCUAAUAGCGUGCUAAAAUCCAUGCCUUGUCAACUGGAGAGGACAACUAGGAAGGGUGCCAUAGUCCUUGGAAAGAGGAGAAACUGUUGGCUAGAAACUGUGCCAUCUCAAAGUGAUGCCAUCAUCUGGAACCGAAAGAUCAAAAACCAACAGACCAAAGGGCGAGCCAUGAGCCAGCUGCUAGAGAGCUUCACUGCAGACGAGGGAUUCCACAUGGAUGAUGAUAGCAGCUUCUCAGAAGGAGAGGAGGAGGAAGAAGAGGAAAGGCAUGAAAAUAGGAACAUAGUGGCAGCUCUGCCCAACUGCAUCCUGACCAAAGAGGCUUUGCGGGAUGGGCUGAAAGUGCUGAUCUCUAAGGAGGACGAGCUGCUGUAUGCUGCCUACGUGCAUACACUGGACCUGCCUGACAUCUACAGCAUUGUCAUUGAAGGUGAGAGAGGAAACAGGCCAAGGAUCUACUCUCUGGAACAGCUGCUUCAGGAAGCGGUUUUAGAUGUGCGACUGGAGACAGUGGAGGCUCUUACUGAUGGAACAAGAGUGUGUGCAUAUUGGAGUGAACGUUCCAGGUGUCUGUAUCCUGGUUAUGUCCGGAGAGGUGGCCCUGGAGAGGAGCAGAAGGAAGGCUCUGUCAUGGUGGAGUUUGAUGAUGGAGAUCGAGGUUGGAUAUCUCUGCAUAACAUUCGCCUUCUUCCCCCUGGCUACCAAAUAUACUGUGCAGAGCCAUCUCCAGCCCUCCUGACCUCUCCAACUCGCAGAAGACGAAAGAGCUCCACUCAGGAGAAAAGUGCUCAGCAGAGUGUUAUAUCUUCAGAGUGGCAUGGCAACACAGAACCUGGAAAGACUAUCGUCAUGACAAAGCCAGGAAGAACCAAAUCAGUCAGUUUGUCAACAAAGAAAUGUCUGUCUGAGAAUGUGACUGGGAGUGCCUCCUCUCUUCUCACAUGGCCAGCAGUUGCCAUGUCCAAAAAGAAACCUUCCUUGGAUUUGUUCCAGUUCAAUGGGCUGUCCAAGAGAACUCUGAGAGAAAAGGAGACCGACAUGCUUGGCCCCUUGGUCGGCUCCACCAUGGCCACACCAGUGAAAGGUAUCUUCAGCACGUCCUUUGAAGUUGAUUCCUUUAGUAGCAUUGCUAAUGGUUACACUUCCUUUGGUAACCAGCAACCAUCAUCUGGGUUAUCCCUUGGUCAUAAAAGCACCUCAAACGCUCGGGGGAAGAGGACAGGAGACAGGAGAGAGUACCUGGUCAAACUGGACCAUGAAGGAGUUACCUCCCCAAAGACAAAGAAUGGAAAAGCACUCAUGCUUCUUGGAAGUGCAGAAUUUGAAACUAGAGCAGGGAGAAUAGAAAAGGUCUCUGGGAACAAAGGUAUGGUAGAACUGACCUCUCAGAUGGACUAUUCCCAACCAAUGCUACUUGUAAAAGAUACCAAGAGGAAUGGCAGCCACAUUCUCAAGGGUUCAUCUGGCAUGCAGAAGCAAUCUCAGGGUCUAGUUCUUGGCGAGUAUACAGAUUAUGGGUUGAACUGCCAUACUGAUUGCCUCAGCUCCUACUCAGACAUGGAUGAAGAUGAAGAAGAGGAAGAAGAUGCUAGAAGAGCAGCAUUGCGCAACACUGGCCGUUUUCUGUCUCGUCUUUCUGUCUCCUCCUCAUCCUCAGGUUCCUCUAGCUCAUCAAGUUCAGGCUCGCUGUCCAGUUCUAGUGUCUGCUCCUCUGACAAUGACUCAUCUUACAGCUCAGAUGAAGAGGAGGCAUCUCAACUUCUCCUGCAGGGUUGCAUGUCCUCCCGUCAUGCAGUCCUCCAACAGCAGCAGCUCCAAGAGUCACCAACUGCCCUGCCACAUCAUGCAUUUAGUGCUAAAGCCAUGCAUGUCAACAGCCCAAAGGCCAUGGUCAACAAUGGUACAAGCAAGCAUCAAAAGAGAAAAGAUAUCCCCAGCAACUCGUCUACAGCACAAUCCAAAUCCUCCAAGGACUUUCCAAAAAAACAGAAGAUGUCUUCUUCAGACAGACCACCAAAUUCAUCUUCAUUUUUGCCAGCACGUCAGCUAUGGAGGUGGUCUGGGAACCCUACUCAGAGACGAGGCUUAAAGGGAAAGGCUCGGAAACUCUUCUACAAGGCAAUUGUACGGGGAAAAGACACGAUCAGAGUGGGCGACUGUGCAGUGUUUCUAUCUUCUGGCCGGCCUCAUCUCCCCUAUAUUGGCCGCAUUGAGAGCCUGUGGGAAUCCUGGGCAAGCAAUAUGGUCGUAAAGGUGAAGUGGUUCUACCACCCAGAAGAAACUAAACUGGGCAAACGGCACCAGGAUGGCAAGCACGCCCUGUACCAGUCUUGUCACGAGGAUGAAAUGACGUCCAGACCAUUUUCCCAUAAGUGCCAGGUAGUUAGCCGUGCUGAAUAUGAGCGCCUCAGCCACAUGAGGAAGCCCAACAACCACAGCCAGGACCUGUACUACCUGGCUGGAACAUAUGAUCCCACUACUGGGCAGCUGGUCACAGCUGAAGGAGUAUCAAUCAUCUGCUAGCAUUCUGUCUUAUGGAUGUACUACUGAGAAAUCUUGCCUCCUUGGAGGAGGUUCCUGAAAGGGCUGACAAUCGAUUUUUACUGUGCUCAGAAUGGUUUCAGAUCAAGCCCCGUAAUUGGACACUAAACUGGCACUCCAUGCAAUGGGAGUUAGAGUUGCUGGCAAUUGUCUUUGCUGCAGCACCUCACUCAUCUUGGCUUUUGUAGUCAGAACUUCAUAGAGUAAUAGGUCCUUAAUGGGUGACAACUGGGGGAUGACACCCUACAGACUCAACAGCCAAGGAAUGAUAUUUUAGUUCUCAGUGAAAAUGAGGCACUGGACGUAUUCUAAGUGGUAUAUUUAUACUGAACGUCUUGAGGCAGAUGUGAAACGCAGAUUCACUCUUCUGGAAACCCUGAAUAGAGCUGUAUUAUCUUACACUGGUCAUCGUAAUCAACUUUACUUCACGAGGACUUUUGUAUCUCAACUGGACCAAAACUGUGGCAUAAUGUAUGUUUGUGUAUGAGUGUGUGUAUGAGAGUGUGUGAGAGUGUGUAUGCAGGUGCAUGUGUACACACUCACAAAGACAUGAAGCUGGGUGUCACCCUGAAGACUCAAAACCCUUCAUGGCACUUCAAGUCAAGAUUGCCACUGUCCUCGGUGCACAGCCCAGUCUAUUGACGUGUUCUGGGCAUCCAGGGAUUUUCCAGAGAUUUUUUAAUGCCCAGAUAACUAAACAUUAAAAUAAUUUUAAGUUAAUUUUUUUUCCAAUCAAGCCAUACACUUCAGUACCUCUUGCUUACUGUAUCCUCUUAUUCAGGUGUAUAGUUGUAAAAUUGUUUUAUUUGA